UGCUGUUUCCAUCCCUCAAUAUCGGUUUAUACAAAGUCUAUAUAAACCUCAUUCCAUACAUUCUUCAUAUUUAUCAAACAAUUUUUCUUACAAUUACAACUAGCAACUAUGGAGUUCAGAACUUUAGACAUUACUCUAAUUUCCGCAAAAGAUCUCAAAAAAGUCACUCUCAUCGGUAAAAUGGACGUCUAUGCAGUCGUAUCGAUUUCGGGCACUUCAAGCAAGCCACAAAAGCUCAAAACACAUGUUCAUCAAGACAGCGGGCCUGAUCCUACGUGGAAUUUUCCCAUGAAGUUUAUUAUAAAUGAAGCCGAGGCGUUACAAAACCGGCUUACGCUUGUUGUUGAUAUCAAGCAUGAGGGGACGCUUGGCGGCAAGGAUAUUGGACAAGCACUCGUUCCGAUUAAAGAUUUGCUCGAUGGAGUAUCGAAAGAUGGGAAAUCCGAAGAGUUCGUUAGUUAUCAAGUGAGAACGUCUUCCGGGAAGCCGAAAGGGAAUUUGAAUUUGAAGUAUAAGUUUGGGGAAAAGUAUACGGAGAAAGUGCAGGAGCAUGUUGUUACGGCUUAUCCUGCUGGUAUGGCGGUUGGAUCCAGUUCUGCCGGAUAUCAACCGCCAUAUCCUCCUCAAGCAGGAGGGUAUCCACCGGCUGGUACAUAUCCUCCCGCUGGAUAUGCGCCUCCACCUCAAGCUGGAUACGCAUAUAAUCAACAACCGGGUUACGGUUACCCACCACCCCCACCUCAGGGGUACGGUGGCUACCCUCCCCCACAACCUGGAUACGGGUAUCCACCGGUUCAACAGGCACAAAAGCCAAAGAAGAAUGGUGGUAUGGGUAUGGGGUUGGGAGCUGGUUUACUAGGAGGAGCACUUGGUGGGCUUUUGAUUGCCGAUAUCGCUUCCGAUGCUGCUGGUGGUUGUGGUGGUGGUUGCGGCGGUGGCUGUGGUGGUCUUUGAUUGAUCAAAUGACUUUUUUUUGCUUGUAUUUAUCUAUCUUUUAUUUCAAGUUCAUUGUAAUUAGACUUUUGAUAUAUUACUACUACUUUGAUUAA